AGCUCAGUAACCUAAAAACUUUCUCCCCCACACAAACCUUCGCCAGAUACCUGAUCCACGUCCAAUACCAAACAUCUGGUCUUUGAAAUCCUUCCAUCAAUUCCUUAAUUCCACGUCUGCGCAUAAGCACAAGCCUGCAGUGAGACACCACGUCCACGCCACAAAGCUCUCCCUUCAAAGCCAAGCUGCCCACACCAGAACUUGACGACACCGACCGACCGCCGAAUUGCCCCUCUCCUCAACCUCCUAACCUCAACCUCAACCUCAACCCGCAACCCCCUCGUACGGAUCGCCGGCCUCCUCCUCCAAAUCCCAUACGACUGUAACAUACUCAGUAUUCGAGGACGCCGCGAACAGAUUGAUGCAACUCUAGAUCCUCCACCGCGCCCGCUACUCCACAAAUCAAUCCGGCCCUUUCCUUUCCCGCACUCGACCUCUUGCGGCUGCAGCAUCCAUUUUCAGCUACCUAUCUGCACAACUCCACAAUCCACACAAUAAUGGCCGAUUCACUAGCAAGCCAGCUAGAAAGCACAAAGCUCACGUACGUAUCAAUGCCUGCCACUGACUGUCUGUAACCUCAGCUCAUCUCAUUGGCACGUAGUGACGGGGCCAGGCCUGAAGACUGGAAGAAGGCUCUCAAGGUUCCUGCAAAAGACACAAGACAUCAAACCGAAGUACGACUAACUCCUCGAGACGUGCUGCCAGUCUGCUAAUAGUUUGCAUAGGAUGUGACCGCUACAAAAGGCUUGGAGUUCGAGGAGUUCAGCCUGAAGCGAGACCUGUUGAUGGGCAUCUUCGAGGCCGGAUUCGAAAAGCCAUCACCCAUUCAAGAAGAGGCAAUCCCUGUGGCCCUCACUGGGCGAGAUAUACUUGCUCGAGCAAAGAACGGCACUGGCAAGACCGCGGCUUUCGUUAUCCCUGCUCUCGAGCGCAUCAACCCUAAGAGCUCCAAGGUGCAAUGUUUAAUCCUUGUCCCGACCCGAGAACUUGCCUUACAAACCUCCCAAGUGUGCAAGACUCUGGGCAAGCAUUUGGGUAUCAACGUUAUGGUUACCACAGGUGGUACCACCCUGCGCGAUGAUAUCGUGCGUCUCGCGGAUCCAGUCCAUAUUAUUGUUGGCACCCCAGGUCGAAUUCUCGAUUUGGCAGGAAAGAAUGUUGCCGACCUCAGCGAAUGUCCGAUGUUCAUUAUGGAUGAAGCUGAUAAACUACUCUCGCCCGAAUUUACCCCCGUAAUCGAACAACUUCUCCAGUUCCACCCAAAUGACCGACAAGUUAUGCUCUUCAGCGCAACCUUCCCAAUCACCGUCAAAACCUUCUCGGAAAAGAAUCUAACAAGUCCAUAUGAAAUCAAUCUCAUGGACGAACUCACGCUCCGCGGAAUCACUCAAUACUAUGCAUUCGUCGAGGAAAAGCAAAAGGUUCACUGUCUCAACACCCUAUUCUCAAAAUUGCAAAUCAACCAGUCUAUCAUCUUCUGCAAUUCCACAAACAGAGUUGAAUUGCUUGCCAAGAAGAUCACUGAAUUAGGCUACUCCUGUUUCUACAGUCACGCUCGUAUGAUUCAAGCAAAUCGUAACCGUGUUUUCCAUGAUUUUCGCAAUGGCGUCUGCCGAAACCUUGUUUGCUCCGAUCUUUUGACUCGUGGAAUUGACAUCCAGGCCGUCAAUGUGGUCAUCAACUUUGACUUCCCCAAGAAUGCUGAAACAUAUCUCCAUCGUAUUGGUCGAUCGGGACGUUUUGGUCACUUGGGUCUGGCAAUCAACCUUAUCAACUGGGAUGAUCGUUUCAAUCUUUACAAUAUUGAGCGAGACCUCGGUACUGAGAUUCAAGCCAUACCAGCAACCAUUGAUAAGAAUCUCUACGUCUAUGAUACCCCUGAGAACAUUCCACGUCCAAUCUCAAACUUCCAAACCAACCGACAACCUUCUGGACGGGAACAAUCCUCACAAACCCAACAACCACGAGAACAAUCUGGCAAUCAACGAACAAGCAACCAAUCCGGCUACGGCAAUGGGCGCCAAAACAACUCUAAUCAGACCCAAGGCCAAAGACAACCACAAGGCCAACGUCAAGGACAAAACUUCUCCCGUGGAAAUGGCAGAUUUGAGCCAAACUCCAACGGCCGUCGAGGCGGAGCACAGGGCGGUGGCCAAGGUCGACAGAACGGAUUUGAAGGGCAGCGAGGUGGGCGUGGUCAACACGUUUCGACUCAAUAAUUGUCUUCUUAUCUGCUUCGAAUGCCUCGGUCCCCUUUCAAGAUUUUGUACAUAUUUUUUUUCACGUUCCAACUUUAUGAUAGACGCGAAGCGACACUCCCCUGAGGAUUCGCUCUUUUCGCAGCUUGCCAGCAAAUGGAGGUUUCUCACUUGUUUGCCUGGUAUCGCGUUUGGUUUAUGAUGAUCUCUUGCUAGGAGUUCAGCUUCGCGUUUGUAACAUACGAUUUUCUUUCUUUCUACUUCUUUUUUUUCCCUAUUGAAUGCCUCUCUGGUCGGACGAGGAGCAGCGGGACAGCAAAAGUUCAGCGGCUUUGAAACCUGACAUCAUGACUGGUUGGAACCGGCGUAAUGUGGAGUUUCUUUUUUUUUCUCGGUACGGUAUCGUUUUGGACGAUACCUGGAGUCCGGACUUGCAAGAAAGGGCAUGAACUGGACGGCGUCGGCAGAAAACUCAUAUUUUUUGUGAUUCUUGCUCUUUCUCUGAUGGCUCAAUGAUUAGCUUUUUCCCCUUUUCUGGGACUGGGGCUAGGGCUGGUGAGGAGUGGAUAGGAUGGAUGGAAAGAUGAUGGGUUUUAUAAAGAAGAGUUGACUUGGUAUUUACUCUUAGUCUUUGGCGAGAUGUUGUUAGACGAGGGGUUAUUACUUUAUGCGAUGUUACUUGCUGGGGGAUGUUGUUGGUGAAUCCGCAAUGAUAGUUGGUGUGGUGGAGCGAUGUGUGUGCGACUGGAUACCCAAGAAUUGGCAAUUAUGGUCCCUCUUUUCGUACUCUGGACACGAAAGAGCCUGGUACUUGGUGGAUGUUGAAUGGGGACGAAAAGGCCAGAAAAAGAUAUGGCAAAGAAAAAAAAUGAGAGAAAAAAUACUUUUUUUUAUUUUGGGUGUAGUUGGUUUGGAGGAGGCAUGGCUCGUCGUCGGACUAUGGGUCCGAUGGUUGUGUUUUCGUUUCUUGACUAGCUGAAUAUGACAAGUUAC